AGCGCAAGUUUAUUUUGGAUUUCUUGUUUCGCUCUUCACGUUCACACAUAGCAGAGAACGUAAAUAAGUUUACGUUCUCUGGCGAAUGUGCAACAUUCUCUGCAAUCUAAACGUCAACGACCACGGUUCAGUAAAAUUCAGUAAAAACUGUUGCUGCUCAUCUAGUCCACGGACACAACUAUUGUCUUAUGGGAUUUCAUCAAUUCUUUAUCAUUGUAUUGAAUCCGUACUUUACGAAAUUAUCAUAAGAGUUAGUAAUUAGUACUAAUUGCCGUGAUGGAAUCCUCGCGGAACAAAUGUCGAGUUUGCUUGAGGGUAGAGAAUUCAGUGCCACUUUUAAAUUGGAACCUUCCGAUUGAGGAAAUCAACGAAAGUCUAUCGUAUGCAAUAUGUUUUCAGCAAUGCACACAACUCAAUUUGGCUCUAAGCCGUGAAAACAUUGAAAAAGAAUCUUCAAUGAUAAUAUAUGAAUAUUUUUGUUAUAGCUGUGCAGCUAAACUUAAAGAUGCGUAUGUGUUUAUUAAGAAAGCUAAAGAGACUGAUUCUGUUUUACGAAUGAACUGCGGGGAAUUGGACAAAUGCUUCGACAAAAAAAUAUUCGAAUGGGUUGAAGUAGAAAAGAAGUUUAGCUCGGUAUAUAUGAAAAGAGAGAAUGAAGAGGACUUUCUCGAAGAAAAUAUUCAAUACCAAGAUUGUACUCCAAAAUAUAUUCAAUCACAAACUCCUAUUCCCAGUUCAUUAAUAUCAACUGAUGAUGAGGAGAAAACUAAUGCAUGCUCCAAAAUGCAAGAAAAAAUCGAAUCUAUGACUUGUGAACAUUGUGGAAACAUAAUUUCUAAGAGACAGUUCUGGCAGCACACCUGCGAUAACAAAAAUCCACAUCACAUUGAAGGUGCAGUGGAGUGUAUUAUAAAUGUUAUUGAGGAAACUCCUGUAAAAAUCAAACCCAACAUUAAUAGUAUUCACGCCAGCAUCAAGAAAGAAAUGAGCAAGUCAACAAAAGCUAAACGAUGUUCAGAAAAUAAAAAAAAUUAUGAAAUAUUAUCCUGCAAAAUAUGUGGAUUGUCUAUGACGGGAAAACAACUCAUGCGACAUCCGUGUAAUCGCGGCUCAGAAAAAUUUUUAUGCAAGUCGUGUCCUCGCACUUUCAGACAUCGCAACACUUUGAUACAGCAUGAACUUAUACAUGAAAUAAAUAGGGAAAGAAAAUUCGCUUGUAACGUCUGUGGCAGAAAAUUUUUUACUCAAAUGGCUCGAAGAAACCAUUUGAAAACACAUGAUCCGAGUCGAAAACCUCGAUUUCAUUGCGGGGACUGUGGCCAAACUUUCUUGUUUAAAGGCAACUUGCUGGUGCAUCAGCAGAAGCAUGCGGGUCAAACUAUUCAAUGUAAUUAUUGUCAAAAACGUUAUGUUCGUUCGGUAGAUCUGGAAGUCCAUCUGCGAAGUCACACAGGCGAUAUGCCCUUUAAAUGCGAUAAGUGUGAAAAGGCAUUUACUAAAAGAUCUACACUUCAAAAGCAUUUGCAAUUACAUGAUGGCGUUCAAUGGAAAUGUGAAGACUGUGGUAAAGAGUACUUAUAUGAAUGGACAUUACAGAGACAUCGUUUAGAGCACACAGGUUUGCCUUUAAAAUGCUCCAUUUGUGAAAAGGAAUUUCCAGAAAUGUAUAAGAUAAAACGACACAUUAAAUGUGUUCACAAAGUAAAUUUACUAGAACUAGAAAACUUCGUAGUGAGACUUAAAGAAAACAAGAAGCGUAUACGUAUACCAGGAAUCGUUUCUGAAGCGAAAUUGAGUUCGAUGGAUAUAAAUACAUGCAGGGCUUGUUUAUUACAAAAAGAUCCUAAAGACCUUUGGGAUUGGUUCAUGCCAAUGGAUAAUAUUGAUGAGCCAUUAACUGUAUUGGAAUGCUUUCAAAUAUGUACUCAAUUGGAGUUAAAAAAAACAAGCCCUAUUGCACCUCACAUAGUUAAUAUGCAUUAUCUGUGCAAAGCUUGUGUAGACGAACUUUUAACUACGUUUAAAUUUAUAAGGAAGGCCCAGAGGUCUGACUAUGAGCUUGGUAUCCAAGUGCAAAAAUAUGUUACCACAUACCAGACAGUAGAGUUCGAAUGGAUAAAUACACAAGCCGAAAACAGAUCCUCUGUUAAAAAUGGCGAUUUCACGGAAAAUUUCUUAUAUGAGGAUGUAAAUAAAGGUAUUGAGUUAUUUACGGGAAUAGACUAUUCCGAGGAGAACAAGUUCAAUAAUUACUCCAUCGCAAAAGGGGAACUACACUCUCUAAAAGCAAAUAAACAAGAAAUCAAUCGGGAUCAUAAUGACAAAAAUGGAUCAGAAAAUAAUAUACCACACAAUAUCGAAAUUGGCAAAUGUAAUGCAAGUGGAAGGGAAGUCAAACUUAAUAUUUCUAUUUGUGAAUACUGCAGUAAGGCUUUCGAAAGUAAUGAGUUAAAACGCCAUAUAAAACGUUCGCAUUCAAUGAAUUUUUUCCUUUGCCAUUCGUGCCCAUCCACAUUUAAUGAUGCUGCAGGUUUGAAAAAACACGAAGAUAUUCAUAAAGCGAAUAGAGAACGAACUAUUAGUUGCAAAGAGUGCCAACGAAGGUUUUUCACUCAGCAGGCAUAUCAAAACCAUACCAAAAUUCAUCAGGAAAACCGCGAGGCUAAAUUUCAAUGUGAUCAAUGCGAAAAAUCUUUUUUCUAUAAAGGAAGUUUAAAACUUCAUAUGCAACUUCAUAGCGGUCUAUUAUAUGAAUGUAAUAUUUGUUCAAAACAAUAUGCACGUUCUGUCGACCUUCGAAUACAUUUACGGAGUCACUCUGGCGAAUUACCAUAUAAAUGUCCGCAAUGCGAUAAGAGAUUUAGAUACGUUCAUGUUUUGAAUAAACACGUGCGGUACCACGAAGGUCAUCGUUACACAUGCAACGUGUGUGGAAAGGAGUAUGCUCACCAAUCAACAAUGUUACAACAUCGCAAAGAGCACACCGGCUUACCACUUCGGUGCUCUAUUUGUGACAAAGGAUUUGUGAAAAAAUCUAAAAUGAGGCGCCAUAUAGGCGGUGUACACAAAGUGAGUAAUAUCGAAGAGAUUGACCAACUUAUUGUAAAAGUAAAAACAAAAAACAUUUAUCGUGGUCGGGUUUUGGAAAUGUGAAUUUUUUGAAACAAGUUUUAUAA